AUGGAGGAUUCUAAGGUCGAAGAGCACAAAGAGAGUUUUGUACCUAGCGUGUGUAGUGAAGCUAAUGCAUGUAGGGAAUUAGCUUUGGAUUAUUCACAUGAAUUUACCACCCAUGAGGAGUUCGCAACAAGGGACAAUUUAGUCACAUGGGUGCGCGAAGUUGGUAUGCGACUAGGAAUGAUAAUGACAGUAAAGUCUUCAAACCAGGGAAAAAAUAGACGUAGAAGGCCCUACGUGGUACUUGUAUGCGAGCGUGCGGGAGUGUAUCGUGGCAAAAAGGUACCCGGUCAAGACGGCAAAGGAAAGGGAAAAAGGCAAACAUGGUCAAAGAAAUGUGAGUGUCCGUUUGAGUUGAAGGGCCAAAAAAUGCGCAUGGAUGAUGAAGAAGUUGGGUGGGUGUUAACAGUUGAAUGUGGUAGUCACAACCACUCAAAUUUUGAAAACUUUCAAGGCCACUCAUAUGCUGGAAGAUUAACAAGUGAAGAGAUGGCACUUGUAGAAGACUUGUCCAACGCAUUGGUGAAACCAAAGGCAAUCUUAUCAUCACUAAAGUUGAAGAAUCCGACAAAUGCGUCCUUAAUUAAGAUGGUUUACAAUGCUCGUCAGAAGAUCCAGUUCAAAGAGAAUGCCGGUAGAACUCAAAUGCAAUUGUUGAUGUUGAAGUUGUCCGAAAAUAACUACUUCGAGUAUCACUGA